AUGCUCUCCGUCUCCCACCCCCACCCGGCGGCCUCUACCGGCCCGCGCCACCGCAAGCCCCUCUCCACCGCCCACCACCGCCGGCGUCGAUGCACCUACACCAUCGCCGCACUCAUCCUCCCCGGAGGCGGUGGACCCCGGGGCAGCCCCCCGAACGGCGGCAAGCUCAUCCUCCCCGGCAGCGGCGGAGGCGGCGGGGGCCGCGGAGGGGGAGGCGGCGGUGGAAUGCUCCCCCGCACCCCUCCACCGACGGCCCCGCCGGGCCAGCUGUACCAGCCCUUCCACCCGCCGCCUAACCCCCUGCCCGAGACUUACCGCAACCUCGACCUCACUGAGCGCCUCGCCGUGCUCCGCGACCGCAUGGGCCGCUGGUACGAGUACGCGCCCCUCAUCUCCUCUCUCUCCCGCGAGGGCUUCACCCCGGCCUCCAUCGAGGAGGCCACCGGCAUGUCCGGCGUCGAGCAAAACCGCCUCGUCGUCGCCUCCCAGGUCCGCGACUCCCUCAUCUCCGACGACUUCCCCGACGAUCUCCUACACUACUUCGACUCCUACGGCGGGCCCGACCUCCUGUACGAGCUCCGCUUCCUCAACGCCCGCCAGCGCAUCGUCGCCACCAAGCACACCAUCGAGAGGCGCCUCGAGUCCAAGGGCGUGCGCGAGCUCGCGCGCUCUAUGAAGGACUUCCCGCAGCGCCGCGGCGACGAAGGAUGGGACGCCUUCGACAGGCACUCCGCCGGCGACUGCCUCGCGUACGCGCGCUUCCGGCUGUCGCGGGAGGCCAUCGCCAACGAGGACCGCAUCCCCGAGCUGGAGCGCUCGCUCGACGUGGUCGAGACCGAGUCGGGCAGGGCGCGGGUGGAGCUCGAGAUUGAGAGGGCCAUCAAGAAGGCCGCCGGAGAGGAGGUGGAGGAGCUCGAGGCCGAAAUCGACGCACGGCCCGCGGUGCCGGUGGUGCGGCUCAUGUACGGCGAGAUCUCCGAGGCGUCCAUCGUGCUGCUGCUGCCGGUUGUAAAAGAAACAGACGGCGUCAAGGCCGUGGACCUCGCGCCGAGGAGGAGCCAGACGGACGCGGACCUCGGCAUCGUGGAGGUGGACAAGGGGUGGGCGCGCUGGGCGGUGCUGCCGGGCUGGGCCCCAGUCAUGGCGGUGGCCGACGAGGCGGUGGUGAUCGAGUUGGCGGACGGGCGGGUGCUGCCGUGGCGGUCGGCGGAGAACGAGAGAGUGCUGGUGGUGGCCGACCGGAAACGGAAGGAGGUGGUGGACGAGGGGAUAUACGUGCUGGAGAAGGGAGGGAAGCUGGUGGUGGAGAGGGGCAAGAAGUUGUUGGAGGAAGGCAUUAGCCAGGCCGCCGCGGAGGUGGUGACCGUCGUCCGGCCACCCAAAGACGAGGAAGACAUCAUCGUCGGCGACGAGUGGGACUAA